UUCCUUUCAGGUGUAAGACAGACCCAGGACAAUGGCUGCUACUCAUGAUUUGGAGAUGAAGGUUGUGACUGUGGAUGGAGACAUGGAAGAGGAGCUGGACGAAGAGAAGAAAAUGAGAGAGGAGGGGGAAGAUGAAGAUCACUUCAAGAAUAAAAAGGUCCACAAGAUUGUCUCAAGAUGGAUGCUUCCUGAAAAUGCCCGAAGAACAUACUUGGAGAGAGCCAACUGCCUCCCGCCCCCCGUGUUCAUCAUCUCCAUAAGCCUUGCUGAGCUGGCAGUGUUUAUUUACUAUGCUGUGUGGAAGCCUUAUAAACAGUGGAUCACCUUGGACACAGGCAUCUUGGAGAGUCCAUUUAUCUACAGUCCUUUGAAGAGGGAGGAAGCCUGGAGGUUUAUCUCAUACAUGCUGGUGCAUGCUGGAAUUCAGCACAUCGUGGGGAACCUUACUAUGCAGCUCGUUUUGGGUAUUCCCUUGGAAAUGGUGCACAAAGGCCUCCGAGUGGGGCUGGUGUACCUGGCAGGAGUGAUCGCAGGAUCCCUUGCCAGCUCCAUCUUUGAUCCACACAAAUAUCUUGUGGGUGCUUCAGGAGGAGUCUAUGCUCUGAUGGGAGGCUAUUUUAUGAAUGUUCUAGUGAAUUUUCGAGAAAUGAUUCCUGCCUUUGGAAUUGUCAGACUACUGAUCAUCACUGUCGUAAUUGCAUCGGAUUUGGGAUUUGCUCUGUACCGAAGGUUCUUUGUCCCUCUAAAUGGGUCACCGGUGUCUUUUGCAGCUCAUAUUGCAGGUGGACUUGCUGGAAUGUCCAUAGGUUACACCGUGUUUAGCUGCUUUGAUAAGACACUGCUGAAAGAUCCACGGUUUUGGACGGCAAUUGCAGCUUAUUUAGCUUGUGUCUUAUUUGCUGUGUUUUUCAACAUUUUCCUGUCCCCAGCAAACUGA